GCGAGCUGUUUGACAGUUUCCAGGGCAACCAACUGACGCUCCUGUCAAUCAAGACUAACGAGUGCAGCGGCUGUUCACUUUCUGCACUGAGGAGUCAACUUCAGCAUCGAUUUAAACUCUCCGCGUUUGUUCCCUGAAAGCAAUAAUAGGACAUGGCUGACAGAGGCCAUGGAGGAGCAGAGAGAGAUGCAGAGGACACAGAUGAGCUUCUUUGCACAGAUCUGGAUGACAAUAGCAGUGGGUUUGGACCAGAUACUCCGCCUCUCAAACUGGACCACUGUGACCUUCUCUUAGAUGCUAUUGAUGCUCAGCUUGGUCAGCUGCAGGUCCAGCCCCAGAAACGUGAAGCAAUUACCAGAGAGGUGGAUAGCAGCGAAGCAGCUCCUCUUGGGUGGAGUCAGUCUCUGAGCAAAGACACAGGGCUUGGAAGUACAACACAAACAAAUGACACUCCGAUGAUUGAGCAAACAACAGAGAGGAGCACAGGCUGCCAGGAAAGUCCUGCCUCUCAUGAGGGAACUAGGCAGAAGUCAGACAGAAAAACAAGAGACAAAGAGGAAAUAGAGUCUCACAGGGAGCAAGUCAUGUGGAGGCUCGAGAGACUGCUUGGAGACACCUGUAAUGAGGGAAGGAUGGCUGGAGAAACCCACCCUCCUUCAGACAGCAUCUGCACUGAGGACUUUGCCAAACGCUUCAGAGAUGAGAUGGUGGAUUUGGCAUUGCCGAAGAGUAAUAUGCAGCAACUAGACAAAGAAAAAGAGGCUGAGAGGUUAGAGAUAUCUGACUGUGACGCUUGUCAGAAUGAACAAAAGGGACAAAAUGUUUUUAAUGUAAACACAAGAGGUGCAGCAACAACUGGGAAAAACAGUAAAGACAUAGACGCUGCUCGCUAUUCCCCGUCAAACAAGCCAUGUCAAAGAAAGAAACUGGAGAAAUGUCUUUUUGACAGCUACGGAGUAAACACAUCACAUGUUAGUGAGAAAGCAGGAACUGGAGAGAGAUACAACAUACCACAGCGGCUUGGCGAUGAUGGCAGCAUCUCUCACAGAACAGAGCCCAUAUCUGAACAUGAAGCCCAGCGGCAGAACGACAGCCAUCUUCCCAAGGCCAGGUGCUUGGCAGGAGUGCCUGUGUGGAGUUUUGACACCGUGUCCAUUGACAGUGACCUUGACUCAGUCUGCACCGAACAAGUUAGGCAGCAUAUUCACAAGCGGCCAGCAUGGCGCUCGCUCCUUCAGUCUGUCACAGGCAUGGAUGACUACUGUACCAACCAGAGUGACUAUGACACACCCACACAGGAAGAAAGUGAACCUCGAUCUACAUCAGGCCAGAGGUCCUCUCAUGGAAAUGUACAGAACAGAAGUCCUUCUGCCCGUAAAGCACAGCGUAAUAAGAGAGAAACUUACAGACUUGUGUGUUUGGGGGACUAUGACAAGGACACAGAUGAGGAAAUGAAUCACCGGAGCAGGAAAUGCAGGUCUGAGAAGACAUCAGAGAUGUUGCAGUGUGAUUGGGUCAAGAUGAAAGAGCGGCUCUCUACACUCCGACAAGAAUGUGAGAAAGAGGAGGAGACGCUGCAGUUGAAGAAGAUGCAGUUAAAAGAUGUUGAGUUCUCCCUCGGUAAACUUCAACAGAGAAGAAAGCAUGCCUUUCAGGAAUUACAUCGAAUGACUGUAGAGACAACAAAAAUGGAGAAGGAGAGGAGGACUCUGGAGUUCAUUUUGAGAGACAGCAGGGCAGGGAAGGAUGCUCUUAGUUCUCAGCUGCACGAGCUGCAGAGCCAGAGAGACUCCUGUAUCCUCGAGUUAAGAGACAUGGAGGAAGACCUCGCUGCUCUGACUCAAUAUAAACAGACUCUAAAGGAGGCAGCCUUCACCGAGAGGCCCAGUGUCGUCAUGUCAGUGCUGGAGAGGGAGGAGAUGGACAGACAGCUGGACAGCGCCAAAACAGAACUGUUUGCUGAACAGCGACGAGCAAGAGAGAAGCUAGAGUCCAUGCAAGAAAAGCUGGAGCAGACUCGUGAGGAGCUCCAGACAGCCACAGAGGCAGAGAGCACACUGAGGAACAGAUGUGCUUGUCUGGAGGAGAAACAGAGGCAGAAAAAGGAUCAGAUUGCAGUAGAGGUUCAGGUGGGCGAGUUGCAGGGUGAACUGGGACAAUGCAAGGUCAGAGUGGGUACUCUGGAGAAGAUGUUGGCUCAGAGGGAGCUGAAGCUGCUAGAUUUGCAGGAGCAACGGAUGGCCUUUCAAGCUGAAAGAGAUGGACUGAAGGUGGAGCUACAGCACCUGAAAACCCAGCACUGCAAUGCACUGAAAGAAGCCCAGGAGCAAGCCCAUAGAGUGAUGAAGGCCGCAUUGAAGCAGCAAAAGACAGAUUUGGCACUGGCUUAUGAGCAGCAAAUCAAAAAGCAGUCCCUCUGGCUGUUGUGUCCUCAGGUUAAUAAGCAGACUGAAGAGGAGAAGGCAGACGCUUUGAAAGAACAAGCUCUGUCUCUCACCCAACACAUUGAGUCCUUACAAAGUUCCCUUCAGCUAAAAGGAGAAGAGGCAGAGAAGCUGAGGAAUUCUCUGGAGCAGCAGAAGGAGGAGGCAAAGAAGCAUGAAGAGGAGCUGCGUGUAGAAGCCCUGGAAAAGUCUGCUCCCACUCAGGUGCAGAAAGCAAUAGAGGAGGAGAGGAGGAAGUUGGAGGCAGAAAAAGUGGAAGCUGUGCAGGUGCAUUGCGGGAUACUGGAAGAGCAGAACAGAAAGACCCUGGAAUGCAUGAGGAGUGAGAUGCAGCGAGAGAAGAGUAAAGCACUAUCUCUUCAACAUAAAGUGGUGGAACUGAAAACAAGAGUGCAGGAGUUGGAGAGUGAACGCUGUGCGUGGCAGAGAGAGCAGGAGUCUUUGGUGGCUGCUAUUUGCAAGUCACAGAAAGAGGAGCACCAGGCUGAGCUGCAGAAACUGCGGAGACAGAUGGCGCAGGAGAGUCAGAGAGCAGUGCUGCGGCUUGAGCAGGCUAAUCAGCUGUCAGAGAAAGAGGCUGCGGGACUCCGGGUGAUGAUAGAAGAAAGGGAGAGCAGCCAUAACCAAAUCACAGCUGAAAUGGAACAGCAGCUCAGACACUGGGCCCAGGAGCUGGGAACAGAGUGCCAGCAUCUACUCCUCUUACUGGAGCAGAGUGGAACCAAGCCUAGUUCUGUGCAACUACCUCCCAGGCCUUCAGUAGCUGAGGCUCUUUCAAACCUGAGAACACUAACAGAGCAGUUGAAGCACCUGAUUAGCCAUCAACACCAGGAGCUUGAUUCACAGAAACAAAUCUUUGUGCAGCUGAGAAAAGACAAGGAACGAGAAUUGAGCAUCCAGAGGCAGCAGCUCAGGAUGGAGAGAGACCAAGCCUUGGAUUCUCUAAAGGAGCGUCUCAUUCAGGAGCACAUUGAGGAGUUAAGCAAUCUGAGCAGGGCUCAUAUGUGCGAUGGAGGAGCUGAGGGGGGAGGAGUGGCAGCAUCUCUUCGCAAACAGCUGAGGGCCAAAGACCUGGAGCUGAGGCAGGUUCAGAGGAGCAUGGGUCAGUGGAAGGAACAGACUGCAGCUCGUCUGGCAUGCAAGUUUGAGGAAGAGCUGACAGCUGAACUGGAACGGUGCAAGACAAAGUUGUUACGGGACAGAAAAACAGCGAAGACUCGAGAGGAGAGGAAGAGAAAGCCUGAGAGGCCUGUCGGAGAGAUGACGCUUAGUGCAAAGGGAGCUCAGAAUCCAGUUUGCUCUUCCUCCCUCUAUGUUGCUGCCUCCCACAGUGCCUCAGAUGUGGCUUCAUUUAAGCUUCUACGUUACCUCCAGAGCAGAGUCAAGCAGCUCCGUGUAGAAAACCAGGCCAACACCUGGAGUCCAUCACCUUCAAAUACAGUCCCUUUAGAUUUGUCAGGAUCCUAUCUUACAACAAUCAAUCAAGGUCUAGACGUCGCUGGGAUUCAGAGCCACUGAUCAAUCAGGACCGUCUGAAGUUAAGGACAUGAAACCUUACUCUGUGUGUGCUACACACACCGGUGAUAUAAUGUUCUCUAAAUCUGACUCUCAGGCAUUUCAAGGUAUGUGUGUGGCCACAGAAUUUACUGUAACAUAUGCUUAGAUAGCAGAUUAACAAGCAGGUCAGAGUGACAAAUGACACAACCGAUGAUUUGGCCAUAAAGUUCACAUUCCUCUGUGUUACGGUAGUCAAAUUUUAUGACUUAAGGUUACAGUGAACAGUGAGUGAUGAACUGACAUUUCUGUGAAGAAUAGUGUGAGUUAUGUAAGAGAAACAUAUAGGGCUGACAGUUCUGGGGUAAUCCCUUGUAUAAUCAUAAAUGUUACAUGAUUACAAUUCAAUAUAAAUUUGUAUGUUGUAAUAAAAAGGAGAUUUGUGUCAAGUUCAAACUAAA